AUGUGCCGCUACUACGCCCAUCAGCACGCGUGCAAGCACACGCAAUUCUCCUUCGCCGCCUUCUGCGACCCGGCCUCGCUGAUCCAGAACCCGUGCGGCGAGCGCCACAUCUGGGCCACCAUCGUGCUCGGCGACCCGUGCGACGAUUGCAGAGCCGCCGUGACGGCAGCGGCGGCGGGGGCGACUGGCGGAGGAGAAGGAGGAGAUAGUGGGAAUCGGGGGGGUGCGUAUGAGCGCGGAUACCCGUUUGCGCACGGCUACGGCCAAGGGAGGCAAUGA